UCGAGUCCUCCCUCCUGCUCUUCACAUGAUCCGCUGCUCCGUGAGCUCGGUCUCAGAGGAGAGGCAGGAAUGUGCAGAGGAGCGACAGCGGCGAUGGCCGAGCGGAGCCACGGUCCCUCCACGAUGCGUGCGUUUUACGCAGUGGCCGCCUGGAUCACGUUCAUCCACUGCUCCGCUGCAAUUCCCUGGACAGAGGAAAAGCUCCACCACCGAGCCAUCACACUAACGCAAGAUGAGACUCGCACGGCACUGUCUCACACUGACCUGGAGCAGAUGUGGCAGAGGGAUCUGAGGCCGCUGCUGGUUUCCAGGUACCCGGGCUCCACGGGCAGCCAAGCUGUGCAGGAGCAUAUCAAAACAACCCUCGGCUCCCUCGGAGCAGGCUGGGAAGUCACACAGGACACGUUCAUGUCGCAAACGCCCUAUGGCCCGCUGCCCUUCACCAACCUAAUCGCCACGCUCGACCCGUCGGCCAAGCGCCGCCUGGUUCUGGCCUGUCACCACGACUCCAAGUACUACCCACCACAGUGGCACGGCAGGGAGUUCCAGGGCGCCACGGACUCUGCCGUUCCCUGCGCCAUGAUGUUGGAGGUGGCUCGGGCCCUGGAUGAAGAACUGAAGGCUCAGAAGAGCUCCAGCCCCGACCUGACCCUGCAGUUGAUCUUCUUUGACGGGGAGGAGGCCCUUUUCCACUGGACCCCCACCGACUCCCUGUACGGCUCUCGCCACCUGGCCAAAAAGAUGGCGAGCACCCCACACCCCGCCGGGGCCACGGACACCAACCAGCUACACGGCAUAGAUCUGUUGGUGCUGAUGGACCUGAUCGGCGCGCCCAGCCCCCGCUUUGGAAACCAGUUCCCCAGCACGACGCCCUGGCUCACCAGACUGCAGAACAUUGAAAAGCGUCUCCACUCCAUGAACCAGCUGGUUGAUCAUCCCACCAGCGUGCAGUAUUUCUGGCCCGAUCGACCAGUUGGCCACAUACAAGACGAUCAUAUACCAUUCCUGAACAGAGGUGUACGCUGCCUCCACCUGAUCCCGUCCCCCUUCCCGUCUGUGUGGCACACGUUCGACGACAACGAGCAGAACCUGGACCGCAACACCAUUCAGAACCUCAACAAGAUCGUGCAGGUCUUCGUCCUGGAGUACCUCAACGCCAGACCGGACGUCCCUUUAAUCACGCCGGUCCCUUCGAACCCACAGAGCGCCCCGUAAAAAUUCCCCGCAUAGUCUUCCGCAACUCUUGUUUCCAUCGAUGUCUCGCUGUAGUAAAGGUCUUCAGCUCGUACUUUAUAGACAUGGCAUUUACUGCUUUUUUAAAUGCCAGUAUGUGGGUGCAAAAACUGGAGAAAAAUUGAACAUGUUCAUUAUAAAAAAAACAACUUCCUAUGUCAUUUCGAAAUCCAUAUGUAAAAGUUUACAUUUCGUGAGUUUAUAUGAGAAGUGUUUUCUCUGUCAAUGGUUUCAUAUGAGACUUUAAGAAUUCCUGGCUUCAUCUUUCCUCCACAGUCCACAGCAGUGAGACCAGCACACAGGGUCUUCUGUGUUUGCCACACUGCUUUCUUUAUAUCCGCCCGAACCCCACGUUUAACCUGCAGGGAGGCAUCUUAGAGUCAGUGCCGAUGUCCAGGAUCUGCUCCACUUGUAUCAGAGAUGAGAAGGAAGCGUUUAGGAUAAAUCAUAUCUGGGAGCUGUUAAAAUACAAUGAUGUGCUUCAUUUUACGAUUUAAAUACAUUAAAGCAUUUCAAGUCCUGAAAACACUUGCAAACAACUUUAAGAAUCUGUUAUGAUAAACAUAUAAAAUAGGCCAUUCACAUGAAUUCUACCAGAACAUAUAGGAAUCUGAGUAUGUGGCAACAAGAUGUUUUUCAGCUACAGGGUACGUGAUGUUUCUUCUCCGACAGUAAAUCUGUUCAGUGUUUAGAGAGUAAACCUGUCGGUGGCAGGAAGUGGGUGUAUUUGUGUAAUCGCAACAUAUUUAGCACUUCAUAUCCUGUCAUCGCGGAUAGUGAGGUGGAUAACUUCCUGUGGCUGAUGUUUCACAUGCCUGCCUUUAUUUACGUGUCUGUAUUAGCCCGAUCCUAGAGUGGAUCCCAGAAUAAUAUACGAUGCCAAAACUGGACUUCCUGUAUUGUGAAGCCGAAAUAAACGUGGAUUCAGAACCCAAA